CGAUCCAGCUCGCUGCAUUCCACCGCCAGCCCGCACCUGCGCAUCCAGCCGUUGCUGCGGCAUCCUCGGUGUCGAUCGACUGUCUUCGUCUCUGUUCGCAAGGGCCAGCUCGAUUCGUGCAGCCCCCGCAAUGACCGAUGUCGACGAUCUGUCCGAUAAGCGCGAUGUGUCCUCCUAUGGCCACUGGUCCGUGUCUUCCUACAAACAGGGAUUCGGCGUCGACCAGCUCCAAAGCGAUUCGUUUGAGCAUUAUUGGCAAUCCGACGGCCCGCAGCCGCACUUGCUGACCAUCAAGUUCCCAAGACGAAUACCGAUCCAGCAAAUCUCCUUGUACCUGGACUUUAAGCAGGACGAGAGCUACACCCCAAGCCGGCUGUCGAUCCGGUCUGGCACCAGCUUCCAAGAUCUGCAUGAGCUGAAGCUUAUCGAUCUGGACGAGCCCAGCGGAUGGAUCAAUGUCCCGAUCCAAGAGGAUCCUGACACCGAGUCGAGCAAGCCUCUCAAGACUCAGCUGCUGCAGAUUGCGGUGCUGGCCAACCAUCAGAACGGCAAGGACACGCACAUUCGGCAGAUCAAGAUCUUUGGGCCGCCUCUACGGUCAAUCUUUGAAGUCGAGGGCUUUCCGGCGUUCUCAUCGGUUGAGUUCCAGAUGCACUCGACGAUCCGUUGACCCGGACCGACAGCGAUUGCGACCAGCAACGCGAUCAACAUCAACAUGAUCAAUAUCAACAUGAUCAAUAUCAACAUGAUUAACAACAUCAACAUGAUUAACAACAUCAACAUGAUUAACAGCA